AGUGCCCACAAGGGACGGGGCUGCCUGGCCGAGAAGGACUGCUCAGCACGUGAGCGAUAGGAGCCCGGAGACAGAACUACACGUACACAGACCCUCCUUAAGGAAGGCGGUGAGGUGCUUUUUGUUACCAAUGAAACGCAACCAAAUGCUGUGUGCCACACUGCCCAAACCCAGUGGCGGCCACCCGCCCGGCCAGCGGCCCAGCCCCGCCGGUCGUCCCAGCCCAACUGAGCCCGGAACUCCUCUUCCCUCACGGCCACGGACGGCGUGUCUUCCGGCGGGGCGGGACGGGACGGGACGGGACUCAGCCUUCGCUUGGCUCCGCUGCUCUGUGUCCCCCACGCCUCGCUCUGCCCUGCCCUGCCCUCCCCUCUCCUGCUCUCCUCUUCUCUCCUCCCCUCCCCUCCACUGGAGGUCUCUCCGAGCGGCGCCGUUGCCGCUGUGUCGCCUCAGGGCUGCUGCUCCCGGCUCAUCCCGGGACGGCGCUCAGCCCUGUGGGCAGAGACGGAGCCGUCGGUGCCGCUUCCAGGAGAACGGCCGCCUCUUCCCAGCAGAGCAGGCUCCAGUUCAACUUGGUCCUUCCAGGCGUGAUCGUCCCUGGCUGCAGGAGAGCAGCAAAUGGCCACAGCACAUCCGUGUCAGGAGCCCGUGAGCUUUGCGGAGGUGGCCGUGUAUUUCAGCAGGGAGGAGUGGGCGCUGCUGGACCCUGCGCAGCGAGCGCUCUACCGGGACGUGAUGCUGGAGACGUACCAGUGCGUGGCCUGGCUGGCUCCACUUCCAGCCCCCAAACCCGGGCUGAUCUCCCUGCUUGAAGGAGGGGAAGACCCCUGGAUCCCAGAUGUGCGUAGCCCUGAGGCCGUGCCAGGAGACCUGAGCCCAGCAGGAACUGGGAUUACAGAUAUACUGGAGGAUGUGCAGGAAAGUGGUGUGGCCGAAAGGCGGUGGGAUAGAGCCUGCGUGGGAGAAAUCAGAAGGGAUGUCCCAGGAGGCCUGGAGCAAGGUCAGGGUGAGCACAUCAAGAAGGCACUGGGAGAGCAUCUGGAAGAGAAAGGAAGGAGCCCACUGCACUUCAACAUAGGUGAAAAGCAGGCGGAAGGACCCAGGAGCAAGGAUGUGUGUCCGAUGAAAAAGCAGAAUCCAUGCACUGAGUGUGGGAAAAGCUUGGAAAUACCUUCCAGUGUCAUUAACCACCAGUGCAUGCACGCAACGAAGAGCCUGUACAAGUGCUGUGAGUGUGGGAAGAGCUUCAAACGGAGAGCCAAACUGAAACGUCUCCAAUGCAUCCAUACAGGAGAGAGACCUUACAUUUGCUGUGAGUGUGGGAAGAGCUUUAAAAGGAGUUCCCACCUCACCUGCCACCAACGAAUCCACACAGGAGAGAGACCCUUUCAGUGCUCUGAGUGUGGGAAGGGCUUCAACAGCAGUUACAACCUUACCUGCCACCAACGCAUCCACACAGGAGAGAGACCCUUUAAGUGCUCCGAGUGUGGGAAGGGCUUCAAAAGCAGUUAUGAAAUGAAGGUGCACCAGCGCAUCCACACAGGAGAGAGACCCUACAAGUGCUCUGCUUGUGAGAAGAGCUUCAAAAGCAAUUCUGAAUUGAAGCUGCACCAGCACACCCACACAGAGGAGAGACCUUACAAGUGCUCAGAGUGUGGGAAGAGCUUCAGCAGAAGUUCCCACCUCAACUUCCACCGGCACGUCCACACAAGAGAGAGACCCUUUCAGUGUCCUGCGUGUGAGAAGAGCUUCAAACGCAGUUAUGAAUUGAAGAAGCACCAGUGCAUCCACAGAGGAGAGAGACCCUUUCUGUGCUCUCAGUGUGGAAAGGGCUUCAAAAGGAGUUCCCACCUCACCUGCCAUCAGCACAUCCACACAGGAGAGAGACCCUUUCAGUGUCCCGAGUGUGGGAUGACCUUCAGAAUCUGUUCUGAAUUGAAGUUGCACCAGCGUAUCCACACAGAGGAUAGGCCCUACAAGUGCUCUGAGUGUGGGAAGUGCUUCAAAAGGAGUUCCCACCUCUCCUGCCACCAGCACAUUCACACAGGAGAGAGACCCUUUCAGUGUACUGAGUGUGGGAAGAGCUUCAAAAGAAGGCCUGAUUUGAAGCAGCACCAGCUCAUCCACACAAGAGAGAGGCCCUUUUAGUGUUCUGCGUGUGGAAAGGCCUUUAAAAAGUGUUCUGAACUGAACCUGCAUCGGCGCAUCCAUAUGGAGGAGAGACCCUUUCAGUGUCCCGCGUGUGGGAAGAGCUUCAAAAGAAGAUCCGAGUUAAGGGAGGCCCUGCAAGUGCUGUGAGUGUGGGAAAAGCUUCAAAAGCAGUUCUGACUUGAAGCAGCACCAGCGAACCCACACAGAGGAGAGACACUACAAGUGCUCUGAGUGUGGGAAGUGCUUCAAAAGGAGUUCCCACCUCACCUGCCACCAUCGCAUCCACACAGGAGAGAGACCCUUUCAGUGUCCUGAGUGUGGGAAGAGCUUCAAAAGCAGUUCUGCACUGAAGCGCCACCAGCGCAUCCACACAGGACAGAGACCCUUUCAGUGUCCGGAGUGUGCAAAGAGCUUUAAACGCAGAUCUCAUCUCAACACUCACAAGCGCAACCACAAAGCACAACGGCUGUAGAAGCACCCCAAGACUCUGGGAACCUUCAAAAGCAGUUCCAGCCUCGUUAGCGACCGGCACUGCCACAGAAGGUACAGAUCCUGCAGAGCCUCAAACUUGUGAGGAGCUUCAGCCAAAACCCCACCCUGGUUACGACCUGUGGCUUUGUGUUUUGAACCUUACAAAUACCUUGAGUAGAGGAAGAGCUCUGCAGCCAAAAUCCUUCUUCUUCUCUGCUGCUCUUCUUUCUCCUCUUUGGAUGCGAAUUCUGCAUGUUGCUCUCUGUCAGCUGCAGUCAAGGUGUUGAGCGGACAGUCAAAGGAGAGUCCAGAGUGGGAUGUGUCACAGCCACUGGAAACCCUCUGCCAGGUGGCACGUUUCUGCCAGGGCAGUGUGCAAGGACAGUCACCUCUUCUCUCCCCUGCAGACACUCACCUGCUGUGGGACAACAGGUGAGGACCCUAAGGAAACCUCAGCUGGGCCGAUACGUCGCCAGGAAGGAAGAAAUUCUGUUGGCUGGGAGUGUGGGAAGAGCUUCAUCUGGAGCUCAACCCUCAGUACACUCCAGAGAACCAACGCCGGGGAGAUUCCCUGUGAGUGCCUUGACUGCAGGAAGAGAUCCGUCCAGAGCUGGGAGCUCAUCACACACCAGUGGAUCCACGUGAGGAACCCUACAGAUGUGCAGCCUGCAAGAAGAGCUUUGGCCACAGCUCGAACCUGCUGAGGUAGCAGAGUGCAGUUGGGUGAAGUCCAGGACGUGCCUGCACCAGUGAGUUCACGUGGCAGGAAGCCUUAGCAAUGCCUCGAGUGUGAGAAGGGCUUUGUGCAGAGCACGAAGCUCCUCCCUCGCAGGAGAUGGCAGUCGUGGCAGAAGUCUACAAACGUCCCAUGUGUGGGAAGAGCUUCAACCACAGCUCCCAGCUGAGCAAGCACCAGGGGAUCCACUCAGGGCAGAGACCAUAGAUGUGCCUGCACUGCAGGAAGAGCUUCAUCCAGAGCUCAGUCCUCGUUAAGCAUUGCCCAGUCCACGUGAGACGGUGGCCCUGCAAGUGUCUCUCCUACAGGAAGAGUUUCUCUCAGGGCUGGCACCUCAUUUCUCAUGGGGAAAGCUCCAGGAGAGAGAGCUUGAGGAUGCCCAAGGAUGGGGAAGACCCCUGUGCUUCUCCCCACACAGGAAGAGCUGGCAAAGGAGAUGGCAUCGCUGGCACCCUCUGCAGAAGGGCCUUAACCCAGGAGCUUCAGAUGGCCUUUCCUUGCUUCCCAAAGCAGUUCUCUCAGCAUGCCCACGUUCCUCUUCUGCUCUUCCUGCCUGCAGCUUUUUGAUGCCAUUUCCUUAGGAGAAGCGGCUGUGUGGGGAUGUUCUGUGUGUCUGUGUGCGUGUGUUGCUCUCAGUAAUUUCUGAGUGCAAUGAUGAAUGUGAGAGAAGGGUCAGGAGAGCAGUAACGUGGCUCUUGGAGGUUUUCUGAGAAUCAUCUGUAGUGGAAAGGGAAGGGGGUGAAUAAAGUAGCUGAGUUGUUCUGGAGCUUUCUUCACUGUGUUCUUGUUUCUUGUUCUUAAGGUGAAUGUCAGUGUGUGGAAUGAGGAGAGGGAUAGGAGAGGGAAAAUAUUCCACCUCUGCACACACUGGAAUCAGCGCAGGCACAGGCAGAGCUCCCAAGAGAUUGACCAGCCCCCGUGGUGCCCAUGUGCAAGGCUGUUAUGCAUUUCUGGUUUUUCAUGUUAGAAACAUGGAAAGUUGGAGGCCCUGUGUGCUUCAGCAUCAUCAGCAUGUGUGAGACGUGGUGGGAAUGGCCCUGUGAGGGGUGUGCUGUGUGUGAUGGAUGGCUCUGGGCUCUGCAGGAU